AUGAAGAUACAAUCUUGGAAUGUUAGAGGCCUUGGUAGGCUUGAGAAAAGGAGAAAAAUUAAAAGGGCGGAAAGGAAAAUUAGUUUAGUGUUGAUCCAAGAGACAAAGCGUUCAACAAUCACUCCUGAAGUGGCAAAAUCCAUCUGGUACGAAGAUAAUAUUGAGUAUAUGGCAGUGGAUGCAGAAGGCAGAGCAGGUACUCUCUUUUCCUCCUUUAACUGUGUGAUUGUUAAUGUAUAUGAUCCAUCGGAGGUGGCUAAGAGGAAAGAAUUAUGGGAUAAUUUUGCUCGGUUAAAGAAUACUUUCUUGGGGCCAUGGUGUAUGGGGGGCGAUUUCAACGAAAUAAGGACCAUUUCAGAAAGAAUUGGGUGUUCUCGUAGAGACAGAGGAAUGAGGGAGUUUAAUACCAUGAUUGACCAACUAGAAAUGAUUGAUUUACCAAUGCUUGGUAGGAAAUUUACCUGGUGCAACUCACAAAUUAGAGAGAAAUGGAGCAGAAUUGAUAGAUUUUUACUUAAUGAUGAGUGGCUACAAAAUUUCAAUUUCAAGUUAUGGGGACUUCCUAGGCUACUAUCUGACCAUUGUCCUAUAAUAUUGAUGGAGGACGAAAGAGAUUGGGGACCUAGACCUUUUAGGUUCUUGAAUGCUUGGGCCCUCCAUCCCAAGUUUAUUUCCUUAGUGGAGGAAUCUUGGUCAGAAUCUCAGGUGUUCGGUUGGGCUGGGUACAGAUGCCUUAAGAAGCUUAAAGCCUUGAAACAAAAAUUAAAAGUGUGGAAUAUUGAAGUGUUUGGGAAGAUUGAAUUUAAAAUCAAAGCUGCUGAAGAGGAAGCACAUGCUAUUGAACUAAUUGCUGAAGAAAGAGCACUCCUGGGGAAUGAACAAGCUCGAAGAAGGGAACUAAUGGGGGAAGUUUGGAGAUUGAAUAAAAUGCUAGAGCAGCAGAUAUAUUAG